GCUCCGCCUGUGCGCGGCCUCCUCGGCGCAGCCAUCCUCGCGGCUGCCGAGGGCGGCAAAGCCCACGGCAUCUGCCAUUUGUCAUUCAGCCCGUCGGUACCGCCCCGAGCCUUGAUUUAGACACGUCUGGGGCGGAUUCUGGCCCCACUCUCCUGGCGGACAGACGGACGGACGGACGGGGCGGCUCUCCUCCCAGCCCGGCGGACCGCGGGCCUUGGCGCGCGGGGCGCUUCCCCGGGUCGCCGUCAUGGCCGCGGAGGCGGCGCGCCCGAGCUGCCGCGCCUGAGUUCCGGGGGGCUCCGGACCCCGCAGGUUUUAUGACAGAGCGUGUCUAGAUGUGGACAUUUCAUUUAUCCUGGAUUUAUUGUGUUCCUGUCUCUAAGGUUUUUCCCGCCUGAUUGACAACAUAGUCAUCAUUGGCUUUUGAUUGCUCUCACAUCUGAUGUUUCAUGUCACAUCUGAAACUCCUCUGUACCUCAAACUUAGAAAGGUAUUUGCAUAGGAAUCAGAGGCGUUAAUCUUGUUUGAAGCCUCAAACUUCUGAGAGGUCUCCCUGACUGCCUUCGAGCUGAUGUUUCCUGUCGCCGAGUAGACAGUUUGGUGGUCCAGGACGUGCCCCAGCUCUAGUGAUGCCGAUUGCCUUUCCGCUCUGGAACCUCAUCCAUGCCUCAGACUUGCUCCUCUCAACCUGAGACUGCGUGGAAACUGGGAUGUGGGAAGCAGGAAGCAGAGAUAGUGGUAACUGAGAGGCCCAUGUCUGGGUAGAACCAGGUCCGGGACCACAACGCUGCCUCCCCCCUGGCCUGGCGGUCAGCUGCUGUGGCUCUGCUGAUGUGCUCAGCACCGUCCUUCUAUUUGUACUUAAAUGGCACAGCAUUUGGUCAGCGCAUCUGAAAAGGAAGGUGUGAGAGACAAAGCCCAUGGCCACCUACCCCUGCCAAUUAUGUGGCAAGACGUUCCUCACCCUGGAGAAGUUCACUAUCCACAAUUAUUCCCACUCCAGGGAGCGACCUUACAAGUGCUUGCAGCCAGACUGUGGCAAAGCCUUCAUUUCCAGAUAUAAAUUAAUGAGGCACAUGGCUACCCACUCGCCCCAGAAAUCCCACCAGUGCGCUCAUUGUGAGAAGACUUUCAACCGCAAAGACCACCUGAAAAACCACCUCCAGACGCACGACCCCAACAAAAUGGCCUUUGGGUGCGAGGAGUGUGGGAAGAAGUACAACACCAUGCUGGGCUACAAGAGGCACCUGGCCCUGCACGCGGCCAGCAGUGGCGACCUCACCUGCGGGGUCUGUGCCCUGGAGCUAGGGAGCACGGAGGUGCUGCUGGACCACCUCAAGGCCCACGCGGAAGAGAAGCCCCCGAGUGGAGCCAAGGAGAAGAAGCACCAGUGCGACCACUGCGAAAGAUGCUUCUACACCCGGAAAGACGUGCGGCGCCACCUGGUGGUCCACACAGGCUGCAAGGACUUCCUGUGUCAGUUCUGUGCCCAGAGGUUUGGGCGCAAAGACCACCUCACGCGACACACCAAGAAGACACACUCACAGGAGCUGAUGAAAGAGAGUCUGCAGUCCGGAGACCUUCUGAACACCUUCCACUCCCUCUCUCCGCAGUUCCAGCUGAAGGCCGCCCCACUGCCUCCUUUCCCUUUAGGGGCUCCUGCACAGAACGGGCUUGCAAGCGGCCUGCCAGCUGAGGUACACAGCCACACCCACGGCCCCUCGGAGCAAACCUCCCAGCCUGUGCCAGCGCUGCCAGAGCUCCUGGCCCCGCUUCACCCCGUAGCAUCCCCCAGCUCUCCUCCCCCACCCCUCCAGAAUCACAAGUACAACACCAGUUCUACCUCAUACUCCCCACUUGCAAGCCUGCCCCUCAAAGCGGAUACUAAAGGAUUUUGCAAUACCAAUUUGCUUGAGGACUUGCCUCUGCAAGAGCCUCAGUCACCUCACAAGCUCAACCCAGGUUUUGAUCUGGCCAAGGGAGGUGCUGGUAAAGUAAACCUGCCCAAGGAGCUACCUGCAGACGCUGUGAACCUAACAAUACCUGCCUCUUUGGACCUUUCCCCUCUGUUGGGCUUCUGGCAGCUGCCCCCUCCUGCUACCCAAAAUGCCUUUGGGAAUAGCAGUCUCACCCUGGGGCCUGGGGAAUCUCUGCCCCACAGGUUAAGCUGUCUGGGGCAGCAGCAACAAGACCCCUCACUCGCCAUGAGCACUAUGAGCCUGGGCCAGCUCCCCCUGCCCCCCAUCCCCCAUGUUUUCCCAGCUGGCACUGGUUCAGCUAUCCUGCCUCAUUUCCACCAUGCAUUCAGAUGACUGGUUUUUAAAGCGUACCGUUCUUAUUCUGGAAGAUGUUUUAAGAAGCAUUUUAAACAUCAGUUAUGAUACAAGGAAAGAGUUAGAAAGCAGGACUGGAAUAUGGCUUAUUCAGUGAUGACUGGCUUGAGAGAAGAGAGUUCUCGAACUGCAUGUAUUGUGCCAAUCUGUCCUGAGUAUUCAUGCUUUGUACCAAAUUUAAUAAGCAAGUAUUCUUUAAUGGAACUGCAACCAUUGUCAUAACCGACAUCCAUACGAGGGCUGCUAUAUAUAGGUGUUUGUCAAAUUGAACUUAAUCGUAAGCCAUGAUCAUAAUAAUGUUAACUAAAUAACUUUAUGUGGCACUGCCUAGUAAGGGAACUAUGGAAAGGUUUGGAUUUCUCCAAAAUGGGAGAAUUUUUAAAAUAAGAAAAUAACCUUUAUAUUGCAUAUUAUGACUAGGCUGUGUAUUUCUUUUCAGGGAUUUUUCUACCUUCAGGGUUGGAUGUAGUUUAGUUACUAUUGCCAUAGCCAACCUAUAGUUUUACAGAAACAAUUUCUUGUGGAAUAAUAGAUGUCUCCAUUUUGAAAAAGCAUUUUAAAUGUAGUUUGAAUAUUUUCCACAGGAUGCUACAAUGUGAGUUAUCACUUCAUUUAUCUUAAAGACUAAACUGAUUGUCAGUUACAUCUGACAGAAAAAAAAAAAAUCACUGUGUAACCAGGUUAAGCGGUAAAAUAAUCCAGGCGUCAGUCAAAAAAGGCAUUUUACUGACUUUAAUAUUGAUUAUAUUUUUAACAGGAAUUUAAGAAUAUUACUGGAAUUAAAAAAAAAUAUAUAUAUAUAUAUAUUAAACAAGAAUUUCCUUUGCUCUGUCUGGCUUAAAAUACUACUCUGCUUAAGUAUUUUUAAUCACCAAUAAGUAAAUGCAUUUUAAAAUUCAUCAUUUAAGUCAAUAUUAGUUUUAUUCAAAAAAGAUAACGUUUUACAAUGUAACUAUAAUCUAUCUCUUGAAUUUGGUAUCUAAUGAGUUUUUAAAAUAUAAAACCUAACCUUUUUUUAAAGCUCCUUUGUCUUUUGUGUUUAGAGGCUUUCUAUAUGAAGAUAUAUCUUACGUAUAAUAAACUCUACAAAUUCUGCACGUGGCUCGAUUAAUUUUUAUAUACAACCACACCGCGGAACUAUCCACACUGAGAUAGAAAACAG